CGUGAAUGCGCAUGUGCAGCACUCGCGGGGCGUUGUGGGAGAGGGAAGGGUCGGGGUGGUUGGUGAUCGCCGGUGUGGGAGCUCGGUCAUGGCGUACUCACUGACCUCGAGUGUGCUCCUUGCACUUGGCGCUGUUUUUUUAACAACAGUUGGAGUUGUUGUAGGACAUUAUGUAUUGUCCAAAAAAAAGAAACCAAAAAUUACAUUGCAAGAUCCUAAUGAGAAGUACCCUCUGCGACUGAUAGAUAAGGAGGUUGUGAGUCAUGACACCAGGAGAUUUCGUUUUGCACUUCCUUCAGCCGAUCACAUUCUUGGUUUGCCUGUGGGAAAACAUGUGUAUCUUUCUGCCAGAAUUGAUGGAAACCUAAUUGUGCGACCAUAUACUCCAGUUACCAGUGAUGAUGAUAAGGGCUAUGUGGAUAUAGUUGUGAAGAUAUAUUUUAAAGGAGUGCAUCCUAAAUUCCCUGAAGGUGGAAAAAUGUCUCAGUACCUGGAAGAUAUGAAGAUUGGUGAUACUAUUCACUUCAGAGGGCCGGGUGGAUUACUCCUUUAUAAUGGAAAAGGUGAUUUUAGUAUCCAGUCUGACAAGAAGUCGCCACCAGAAGCAAGAUGUGCAAGAAAACUUGGCAUGAUUGCAGGUGGAUCUGGUAUUACUCCAAUGUUGCAGUUGAUCCGUGCUAUCACAAAGGAUCGUGACGACUCGACUAUCUGCUACUUACUCUUUGCAAAUCAAACUGACAAAGACAUUCUACUACGUGAUGAUUUGGAGGAACUUCAAGCUCUGUAUCCUGAUCGCUUUAAGCUGUGGUUUACUGUGGAUAAAGCUCCUGAAGGAUGGGGUUAUAGCAAAGGUUUUGUGAAUGCUGAUAUGAUUAAGGAUCACCUGCCUGCAGCUGCUGAGGAUGUAUUGAUUCUCAUGUGUGGCCCACCUCCUAUGAUUCAAUUUGCGUGCAACCCCAACUUGGACAAACUUGGAUAUUCACAAGGAAUGCGUUUUACAUACUAAAUGCUAACAUUAGCUUUAGGGGUUUUGGUAAAGGGAAAAGUAAAACGGAAAUAUUUGCACUUCAGCCUGUGGUAUUUGCCGUACAACAAUUAAACAUGAACUUUUUUAUGCAGGUUGUUUGUGUUGCUAAUGUUGUUUAUAGCAAUGUAUUUGUACAUGUUCAGAUACAUAUUUAAUAUGGUGUGAUUUGUUAAUCUGCUUGAAAAGCAUAGAAUUGAACAAUUUAACAUGCAAGUCAAUACUUGAACUUGAAUUUUCACUGUUCUACUGCAAACGUAUUUUGAAUGUCAAGUACUGGCAAAACCUGUCUCAGACAAAAUGAUCGAGCCAGUGGCAUGUGGCUAGAUGUAUUGCAUUUCUGAAAUCUUCAAUCUUUAAAUGUUGUUAAUUUGAUUUCACAUUGUUGUACUACCUUUGACAUUUAACACCAAAGAAUGUUUGUUCUUCAACUGCCAAUGGUAGUGAUUAUAAUUAUAUUUGAGAUGUGCAAUGAAAUAAUUCCAAACCUUGGGAUUUUUCUCCUCAUGCAUCCUUCUUUUGGGUCUCCAGGGUUGAGUAUGAGCACAAGAUAUUUGGACCCAAAAUGUAAUGGUAACCACAACCAAUUCGCUCAAAAAUAAUUUUGGAAAUUCCAAAGAUUUCUGGGUGAAUUAAGAGAAUUCUGCUUGGCAUUAUUCGGGAAUAUUGUUUAAUAUGCAAGUUUACCAGAGAUUAUAAAAUGCAAAUACCAAACAAUGUUGUUGGCAGAGCGGAAUGGCUGUAAUGCAUUGGUGGCAAUUGGUCUAAAUAUUUAAUCUUUGUUUAGCAGGCUUGGCAUGAGUUCUUUAUUUUAUGAUUUUGGUGAUAGUAAUAACAAUUGUCGAUCUGUUCUAUUUCUUCUGUGUUUCUGUAAUAACCAUAUGUAAUAAUUCUAACUGAAGUACUUGUGCCUUAAGUGAGUCUUAUUUACUUCAGAUUUUGGUCUAGCACGCUAAAAUCCAUACUGUUUUGAACUGGUUUGCAACAGCGGUAAGGUUUACUUUCAAAGGUGCAAUGUAAACUUGGAUGUCAGUUCUUGCACAUAGCUCUGGUUUAAAAAUAAAUUGGCUGACAACUUGUAUUUUGGCUUUGCAUCAGUUUCCCACUUAAUAUAAAACAAAUUAUUAACAAGAUAUGACUCUACUCUUCAACCAAUUACUAUGAGUAAUCAGGAUUUGUUCUAAUGAUUCUUGCAGUAAAUGGUGCUGAUCACUGGUUUUGAUUUUGAAAUGAACUAAAUAAAGUCCCUUCAUUGACA